AUGGAUAGGUAUAAGUUAUGGUACUCUGGAGUCAUGAGGGGUAAGAAUAGAGUGGGUAUCCUGGUAGAUAGCCAUCUUAGAGAGUCGGUGGUAGAGGUCAGGCGUGUGAAUGAUAGAUUAAUGACUAUUAAAUUGGUGGUGGGUGAGUUUACUUUAAAUGUCGUUAGCACGUAUGCGCCGCAAGUAGGCCUGGAUGAGGAGAUUAAAAGGCGCUUUUGGGAGGGGUUGGACGACAUCGCUCGUAGUAUUCCGCCUUCCGAGAAGUUAUUCAUAGGAGGAGAUUUCAAUGGUCAUAUUGGGUCGUCUGCAGGUGGUUAUACUGAGGUGCAUGGCGGCUUUGGUUUCGGGGAGCGAAACGGAGGGGGCACUUCGCAGUUGGACUUUGCCAAGGCAUUUGAUCUAGUGAUUGCGAACUCAAGUUUUCCGAAGCGGGGGGAGAAUUUGGUUACUUACCAAAGUUCGGUGGCGAAGACCUAUGUAAGCACGUGA